GCUGAAGUGACCUGCAGGCGUCAGUAAUGAAGCGCGUCAGGAAAACCUCCGACCAGCAGAAGAAACGCGUCGAUCUGACCUGACCUGACGGAGACUGUUUACACGCAAUAAAAUGCUGGAAUUCAUCGAUUUGUUCCUCGGGGUUCGGGAUUUCUGAAGCUGUUUCUCAUCUUAACGCUACACAAGUGAGGCGCGUCGGUGCCGUGAGCUCCGAGUCUGGAACAUGUCUGUUGUUUUUGUUCCCAAACGGCAGCGCGGAAAAGAGCAAAUUAACCAGGAGACCAUUCAAAGACCUCACGUUUCCGGGACGCAACGGAAGCGCAACGGACGAGUAAUGUUAGUUCCGUCACUCAGCGCGGUGUGUCGCGGUAACUUACAGAGACGCAGAUAUCGAGCUGAACGUCCUCUGGAGGUUUUAGAUCCCCGCUGCUGGAUGAGAAACGAUCAGCUGGUGCGAUGCAUCACAGAGUAUCUGCAGAAGGCCGCGCCACGGGAGUGUGUGCAAUACCAGCAGAUUCUGCACCGCAACAUUGUGUAUUUGGGAACCAUAGCUGACGCCAGCACCGAGAUCCUGCCGGAGACGCAGACCUCGGACCACACCAAUCGCAUUGGCUGAGAGGAAAAGACGAUC